AUGGCAUGCCAAUACAUUGAUCUGGGUGAGCAGGCUUUCCUAUUGAUCAACGGUCUUCUUAUCUCCCUCAACCUGGCUGCAAACAUUUUCUAUGCAUGUCGCUUGAUCUUCCCAUCGCGCAGCAGACAAAGACUGAAGCAGCCUUUAAAGAUGCUUCUGGGAUUCCUUGUCUGGUGUCAAUUAUCUACUGCGUUUCUUUGCAUUAUGUAUUGUUUGUUAAAGUUGCACAGAGGCUUUGCAGUGUUUCUCGUAUCAUGGGCAGUUGUGAUGUACUUUAUGCAUAACAGCAUGACAUGUUACGUUUGGCUAAACCUCUACUACUGCAUCAAUAUUGUCCCUGUACAGCGAGCUUUUUUGGUCUGGGUAAAGAGGAACAUUAAGUCUGUCAUAUUCCUGGCUUUGCUUUUUGAUGGGACUCUUUUUUCGUUUACUGGCGCUGUGGACAUUGCAUAUGCAACUUGUAUUGACUUCACUUACAGUAACGUUUCAAGCUUUUUCUCAGCCUGCUACCUGCACAGACACAUGAGACGCAUGGCGCAGACAGGCAGCUGCUUCUCCGCUCCGAGGAUUCAAAGUCAGUUGAGAGUCACCAUCACUGGGAUCUCUCAAGGAUCCAUAUACAGUAUUUAUUUCACUGUUAUCACCUUGUACAUGUUAGGCACCACAUUUAACCUGGGAGUAGGUCAGGCUGUGUUCAGGCAGAGAGCAGCAAACAUCUGGAUCAGAGGAACUGAAUGGUUCAAAGUGCCUAAAGCACAACAGUCUAGACAAGGAGGAUGA